AUGCCUCCGCCCAUCAAAGGCUGGCGCGAGAGCAUCAGCACGCUGGGGGACAUGUACGAAAAGCAUAUCAAAGGCGAAUCCCAAGUUCUCGUUACAAGCAUGAAGUCUAAUGCCUCGACAGUUCCCAACGCGCCCGUCCUGUCUCCCAACACUGCCGCCCUUCUCUCCAUUGCAUAUGUCCUCAUCUACGUCAUCCCAUUCUACCUCUCGUCCGCAACCCGGCCCUCGAAAACACUAACCCGCGACGCCCCCUCUUCCAUUCGCGCCAGAACAAGGGCUGUCAACGGCUCGACCAUUGUCUGCUCUGCAAUCACCAUCCUCGUCCUCCUCAAACAUGAUCUCUCUCUCCCCGAGGCCCUUGGUUUUCUCGGCGCAUGGCCCAUUUCCGUCUGGGACACGGCGCGCUCCAUGCUCCUGGUCAUCAUCCUGUUCGCAGGCCCCAUCUUCGAGUAUGGCGUCGUGGACGGCGAGUUCAAAGACUGGAUCCGGCUAAAGGGUGUCCGCGAGACAUUGACCAGUUGGAUUGGGUACAGAAACUUCAUCGUCCCUUUCCUUCCCGUCCACCAGGGCCCCGUAAGCGAAGAAAUCGUCUGGAGAUCCUGCAUCAUCCCCUUGCACAUGCUCGCCCACUUCUCCGGCAAACAAGUCGUCUUCCUGACCCCGCUCUACUUUGGCAUCGCCCAUCUCCACCAUUUCUACGAGUUUCGCAUCGGACACCCAGAGGUUCCGCUGGCCAUGGCCGUCCUGAGAUCCCUGUUUCAAUUCACGUACACGUCCUUGUUUGGCUUCUUUGCUGCUUUCGUUUAUAUACGGACGGGGAACGUGUAUACCUGUAUGCUGGCCCAUACCUUUUGCAACUGGAUGGGUCUUCCGCGGUUCUACGGCCGUGUGGGGGUCGAGGCUGGGGUGCCGGUUGGGCCUCCUGGCGUGGGGAAGAAGGACGAUGAGGAUAGGAAUCCGUCUGCUUUGCAGGGUACGAGUACGAUGUGGACGAUUGCGUACUAUGUCAUUCUUGUCGCGGGUGCUCAUGGCUUCUAUUCGUUGCUUUUUCCUCUGACGGAGAGCAGUCAUGCACUUCCUAUAAGUCUUGCCAAGGCGUAA